GGUAGAAAAGGUUAGGGUUUUUCGAGUUUUUGGAGACUUCGGUGUUGGUGGUCACCGUCGAGAUCAUGCGAAGGAAUGCUCCUCAGGCGGAGGAUACUAUCGCUCACUGCGUCGUCGUUAAGAAACUGCAAUCCCUGUAACAACGGCGACGCUAUCUCUUCUACAUCUCCGUUCUCUACCUUCACGAAACCUUCUUCUUCAAUCGCUCCCGGAGAUUUCCUCGUCCGCGAAUGGAAAGACUGGUUUAAGCAGCGAGAUGUGAAACAGAGCCACCAGUUAAUCGAUCGAAUCUUUGAUAUCCUUCGAGCUCCUUCUAACGAUGGAGAUGAUCGAGCUUUUUAUCUUCACCUCUCCAAUCUCCGACUUCGCCUCACUGAGAAAUUCGUCCUCGACGUGCUUACACACACUCGUUACGAUAUCCUCUCAUGUCUCAAAUUCUUCGAUUGGGCUGCUCGUCAGCCUGGAUUUCAUCACACGCGUGCUACUUUUCAUGCUAUCUUCAAGAUCCUUCGUGGUGCUAAGCUUGUGACUCUUAUGAUUGACUUCUUGGAUCGAAGUGUUGCUUUUGAAGGUUACCGUCAUUCUCUUCGUCUCUGUGAUGCUCUUGUUGUUGGUUAUGCCGUCGCUGGUCGUACUGAUAUAGCUCUUCAGCACUUUGGUAACAUGAGAUUUCGAGGUUUGGAUUUGGAUUCUUUUGGGUAUCAUGUGCUUCUGAAUGCACUUGUUGAGGAGAAGUGUUUUGAUACUGUUGAUGUCAUCUUCAACCAGAUCUCCGUGCGCGGCUUCCUCUGCGCUGUUACGCAUUCCAUUUUGGUGAAGAAGUUGUGCAAGCAAGGUAAGCUUGAUGAGGCUGAAGCUUAUCUUCGAGCCUUGCUCCCUAAUGAUCCUGCCGGAUGUGGUUCUGGCUUAGGCAUAUUGGUUGAUGCUCUAUGUUCCAAACGAAAAUUUCAGGAAGCUACUAAAUUGUUAGACGAGAUCAAAGUGGUGGGAACUGUGAAUAUGGACCGUGCUUAUAACAUUUGGAUUAGGGCGCUUAUUGGAGCUGGAUUCUUGAACAACACUGCGGAUUUCUUGCAAAAGAUUAGUCCUUUAGAAGGGUGUGAACUCGAAGUUUUCAGGUAUAACUCUAUGGUCUUUCAACUUUUGAAGGAGAACGAUCUUAAUGGUGUGUAUGAUAUCCUGACGGAGAUGAUGGUACGUGGAGUUUCGCCUAAUAAGAAAACGAUGAAUGCAGCUUUAUGCUUCUUUUGCAAAGCUGGAUUUGUAGAUGAAGCCCUUGAGUUAUACCGGUCGAGGUCAGAAAUUGGCUUUGCUCCUACCGCCACGUCUUACAACUAUCUGAUUCAUACCCUUUGUGCCAAUGAAAGUGUCGAACAAGCUUACGAUGUCUUGAAAGGGGCAAUGGACCGAGGGCAUUUUCUUGGUGGAAAGACAUUUAGUACACUUAUCAAUGCCUUGUGCUGGAAGGGGAAGCCUGACAUGGCAAAGGAGCUGGUUAUUGCUGCCGCAGAACGGGACUUAUUGCCUAAACGUAUAGCUGGUUGCAAGAUUAUAUCAGCUCUUUGUGAUGUUGGGAAAGUGGAGGACGCUCUUAUGAUUAAUGAGCUAUUCAAUAAAAGUGGUGUAGACACCUCCUUCAAAAUGUUCACCAGCUUGAUAUACGGCUCAAUCACACUAAUGAGGGGAGACAUAGCUGCUAAACUUAUCAUCAGGAUGCAGGAAAAGGGCUACACCCCGACCCGUAGUCUCUAUCGAAAUGUUAUUCGAUGUGUUUGUGAGAUGGAAAGUGGUGAAAAAAACUUCUUUACUACUUUGCUAAAGUUUCAGUUGUCUCUUUGGGAACAUAAGGUUCAGGCCUACAACUUAUUCAUUGAAGGAGCUGGGUUUGCAGGAAAACCAAAACUUGCAAGAUUAGUGUAUGAUAUGAUGGAUAGAGAUGGGAUCACGCCCACACUAGAUUCAAACAUUCUCAUGCUUCAGAGUUACCUUAAAAAUGAGAAAAUCGCUGAUGCUCUUCACUUUUUCCAUGACCUGCGAGAAAAAGGUAAGACCAAGAAAAGACUCUACCAGGUUAUGAUUGUUGGCCUCUGUAAAGCAAAUAGAUUGGAUGAUGCUAUGCAUUUCUUGGAAGAAAUGAAGGGCGAAGGACUACGGCCUAGUAUCGAAUGUUACGAAGUAAACAUACAAAAAUUGUGCAACGAAGAAAAGUAUGAUGAGGCAGUUGGAUUAGUCAACGAAUUUAGGAAAAGUGGGCGUCGUAUUACAGCUUUCAUCGGUAAUGUCCUUUUGCAUAACGCCAUGAAGAGCAAAGGGGUGUAUGAAGCAUGGACACGGAUGAGAGAUGUAGAAGAUAAGAUCCCUGAGAUGAAGUCACUUGGUGAGUUGAUAGGAUUAUUUUCGGGACGAAUCGAUAUGGAAAUAGAACUGAAGCGGUUAGAUGAAGUUAUAGAGAAAUGCUAUCCUCUUGAUAUGUACACAUACAAUAUGCUGUUGAGAAUGAUUGUAAUGAACCAGGCAGAAGAUGCAUAUGAGAUGGUAGAAAGAAUAGCACGGAGAGGGUAUGAGCCUAAUGAGCGGACUGACAGGAUCCUUGAACGGGCUGACCGCAUACUAGAGGGACGAAAUUCAAGGUCAAACUUAGGGAGGAAUGAUUGGAAUAGCAGACAGAGGCAACUUGAAUGAUGAAAAGUAUGUCACGGAGAGGUCAGAGUUGUUACAUAUAGGGAAUAAGGGAAGGAUCCUUCAAUUGAUUUGGAUUCAAUAUCUGUUUUGGGAUUUCAGACAACAGGUGAAUGAGAAAGCCAGAUUCUUCUUAUUGAAGCUUUAUUAGUACUGGAUGUUGUAACUUGCAGGAGCUUUUGUCUCUGGAUUGCAAAAGAUCGGUGGCUACUAUUUUCACAGAAGCUUUGUUUUUUCAGUAAAGAUGGAUGUGUCAU